AUGUACGACUGUCCCAGGACCAGGUUCCUUAAGGUUAAUGGCCUAUUGAAGCUCUCUUACGCUCCUCAUCUGUUGGAUGUUCAGAGCACUGAAUCGGAUGAUAUGAGUGAUGGCAAGAAGAAAAAAGAUAAGAAGAAGGAGCAGUUGAAGUCUGCACUGAAUGCUGCAGCUGCACAAGCGCAGCAUUUGAAAGAGGAACUUAGAGAAUGGAUUCAGUACUCAGAGAUAGCAAGCUUAGUAAAAGACGUCCACGUCAUGUACUACCCAUCAUCGUUCAACUUCGCGUCAGCUGGGAGUAAUCCACCAGUGAGGCUUCCUUCGAUGAAGGUGCCUGCUCUAUUAAAAACAACAGACAUAUUGGCUCCGAAAGGUGCUCCUUUAUACUUCCAACUAGAUGGACCAGAAGUCAAUAAACUGAGAAUGUCUUUGAGCUCAAUCCAUCCCAGGGUCUUAGCCAAUACUGGAUCUCGUAUCCCUGAUUACAUAGAAAAAUCCAACUUUGUCCUAGAAAAGUUUGAAUGGUUCAAAGAUGCUGAAUUACCUGUUCCUACCGGCUUUGUGACUACCAGAAGAUACCAGUCACUUGAGAUAGAUUUCCCUCCGGGAAGACACUUUUUUAGGCAAGCGCUCCAGUCACAUUUUCAAAAAUCUCUGAACCAAACAGAAUGGAAAGCAGUAGCUCAUGUCCUGAGGAAAUAUUUUUCUGAUCCUGAUUUCGGUUUUACUGAAAAACCUCGACCAGCGAAAUCUUUAAGAGAUAUUGCCAAUCUAGAUGUAUGUGACUGUGUGAUGCCUGAAGUUGAGGAGAUUGAAUUUAUUGAGGAACAACCGCUCGAGGAAGCUGAAACGGUGGUUGAAGAUCAAAAGCCUUUGGUGGAUCCCGAGAUAAUGGCGCAGUUGCUGAAACAGCCAAAGCCACCUAUAACAUCUCAAGUUUGUGAACUGGCAACAGAAGAGCUGCCCUGUGGACUUUUGAAGGAAGAAAGAGAAAAGAUGAUAAGAAGACAUGAAGCUGCCAUUGUUCUGCAGUCACAUUGGCGAGGUACUUGGGCUCGGAGAUGCUUGAAGGCUAACGUUACUUUUACUCCUGAAGUCACUAAAUAUGUGCAAGAUCAUGGAUUCGGGACAAUAGACACUUUAUCUAUGGUGAUGAACGAAUUUUUCUCAAUGUUCCCUGGAGCUAAAUACGCUUACUCCGUAUCCUCAGGUCUUAGUGGGGUAUAUGGACUUCAGCAGCAUACUGGAACAACUCCAGUGUCGCCUAAAUGCGUGUGGAUUCCAUACUUCCAAGGGGUCUUCUAUUGUCAUAUGCCAGUGAAGGUCCAUUUUGAAGUUCAUAGCAACUUGGCUCACAGUAUAGUGGCUGUAUAUGAUAAUGAUACAUCUUACCAGCUACCUCAGGCCUAUAACUCUCAUAUCACUUUUGAUAUCAACCCGAAUGUUCUUGGGUGA